CCUCCUCUUUUGUCCCUCACUUUCUCUAUCCAUCACUACUCAUCACUCACCCAUCUUUACCACAUCUACUUCCACUACCGCAACCAUGGUUCAACAAAUCCCCAAGGCCAACCACAUCCUCGACCUCCUCAGCCUCAAGGGCAAGGUCGUCGUCGUCACCGGCGCUUCCGGCCCCCGAGGCAUGGGUAUCGAGGCCGCCCGCGGUGCCGCUGAGAUGGGCGCCGACGUCGCCAUCACCUACGCUUCCCGCAAGGAGGGCGCCGACAAGAACGUCGAGGAGCUCGUCAAGGAGUACGGCGUCAAGGCCAAGGCUUACAAGCUCAACGCUGCCGACUACAACGAUGUUGAGCGAUUUGUUGGCGAGGUUGUCAAGGACUUUGGCAAGAUUGACGGAUUUGUCGCCAACGCCGGUGCUACUGCCAACGCUGGUGUCAUUGACGGCUCCGCUGCCGACUGGGACCACGUUAUCCAGAUCGACCUCAACGGCACCGCCUACUGCGCCAAGGCCGUCGGCGCUCUCUUCCGCAAGCAAGGCCACGGCUCCUUCGUUAUUACCUCCUCCAUGUCCGGCCACAUCGCCAACUACCCUCAAGAGCAGACCUCUUACAACGUCGCCAAGGCGGGCUGCAUCCACAUGGCACGCUCUCUCGCCAACGAGUGGCGCGACUUUGCCCGCGUCAACUCCAUCUCUCCCGGCUACAUCGACACCGGCCUGUCUGACUUUAUCGACGCCGAGACCCAGGAGCUGUGGAGGAGCAUGAUCCCCAUGGGCCGAAACGGAGAUGCCAAGGAGCUCAAGGCUGCUUAUGUUUACUUCUUGUCUGAUGCUAGUACUUAUACUACUGGUAGCGAUCUCGUCAUUGAUGGUGGAUACACUUGCCGAUAGAUGGGGGAUGGUUUUAAUGACCUUGAUGAUACCAAAAUUAAAUAAAUAAAUAAAUAAUAUAUAGUAAUGACAAUUACAUGAUCCAAC